GAUAAAUGGGCGUGGAUUUGGGCCAUAAUGAAUGAAUAAGGAGUGUUUUUUUUUCAUAUUUAUUGGUUGCACCACGCGCCAAUGACUGCGAACGGAAUAAGAAUUCAUUCAUAGUUCAGAGCUCCGAGGGGAAGAAAAUCCUAUCUGGAAAUAGGAACGAACAAUAUUCAUAUUCUCUCAAUUUCUUUUUCCCUUUCUCCGAUCAAAUUCCGGCCGUCGUUUCAGAAACUUGGUUUUCAUUUUCAUGGUGGAGCUCUGUAACAAUUUAAAUUUUGAUCAACUAACCCAGAAAGUCCCAAAGGGAAAUUUCUCGACCUGUAAUUUUGAGGGCGGAAUUCGUUUGUUUCUCGUUUUCUUAAGGAAUAUUCCUCGUGGGUUCUUUUUAAUUUAUUGUUUCAGUGCCUUUCGGAUUCCUGAAACGGUCGGUUGAAGCUUUUGUUGAGGAUCGAAUCAGAUCUGUUCUGCGUUAUUUGGGUUUUGUUUCGAAAAUUUUCCUAAUGGAUUAUGACGAUUUUGCUUUUCCUUCACUGGGUUUUCUCUGUAAUUUCUAGCGUUUUCUUCUUCUUCUCCGAGUCUCGAAGUGAAUGUUAAAACUGUAAUCGUUUUCGCUGCUUCUUAUUGGGCGGAUUAACUUUCUCAAUCGCUCAUUAUUCUAAUCGGACUCUUUACAAAAUGGUUCGAUUGGAUUUAGAUGAUUUCCGGACCAUACUUGAUACAGCCGGCGUCGAUGUUUGGACCUUCAUCGAUACAGCUAUGGAGGUCGCUUCAAUGGAUUACGGCAAUCAAUUGAAAAAUCGAAGAGAUGGAAUCGUCGAGAGGCUCUAUACGUUGACCUCGCAUCCGUCGCGAUGUCGUAACUGCGAUACGGAUCGUCACCUCGAUGGUCGCUCUAAUGGCUGUGAAAUCAAACAGAGCUCCGCCGAGGCGAAGGAAGGUUCCCCUUCGACGCCGCAGUUCGUCGGAGUUGAAGGGGACGACGAUAGAGUAGACCCAUAUGGCGGUUCGUUUGAUGAUGAACAGAAGAAGGUUUUAGACAUUAAGGAGCAGCUCGAAAUUCCUCACCAGCCUGAAGAUGCUUUGGUUGAUCUGCUUCAAAGCUUGGCAGACAUGGAUAUCACAUUCCAAGCUCUUAAGGAAACUGAUAUUGGAAGGCAUGUGAAUCGGUUAAGGAAGCAUUCAUCUAAUGAUGUUCGUAGAUUGGUGAAACAUCUUGUCAGGAAAUGGAAGGAUAUUGUGGAUGAAUGGGUCAGGUUGAAUCAGCCAGGGGAGCAGCCAGCUUCAUUAAUAGCUGAUGGCGACUCACCUCAACAAAAAGUUCCUCAAAAUGGUUACCAUCAGGUUCCUGAUUUCGCAUACUCUCCGAAUCCACACAAUGGAAGUUCUGGGUCAGAUCGAAAUAACUCAGAGCCAGAACCAAAAGGAAAGCCUAUGCCAAGACGAGACGCUCUGCCUAAACCAGCACAACCAGCUUCAACGUCGUCUUUAACUCCUCAAAACAAACAUAAAGAACAACAGAAGGAAGCAAAUUUUGAUUCACAAAAGCUUGCUUCAGCUAGAAAAAGGCUUCAAGAGAAUUACAAAGAAGCUGAAAAUGCUAAGAGGCAAAGAACAAUCCAAGUCAUGGACAUCCAUGACUUACCAAAGCCAAAGAAUACCUUCUUCUCAAAGAAUAAAAGCGGCGGCGGUGGCGGCGGCGGCUCUCAAGGCAGGCACUGGUGAUAUUUGGCAAAGCAGCAACAUGUUCUGCAAUAUUAGGUGUUCUGUUAUCAUCAUCCCUUACAUCAUUUGAUCAUUGAAUUUUUAACUUUCUCUAUUAAGUUUAAAAGAGAACCAAAAUCUACUUUUUUUCAGGUAAAUUUGGUUAUAAUAAGCAAUGCUAUUAUUGAUAUUGUUCAUCUGGAAGCUCUGAGUGUUUAUAUGCAAUGCUAAUGUUGAAGCUUCCUGUUA